AUGUCCAGUGGCAAAUGUGAUUGUUUGGUGGGGGUGCCUACGGGUCCGACAUUGGCCUCAACAUGCGGCGGCAAUGCAUUCAUGUUAUUUAUGGGCCUAUUGGAAGUGUUUGUACGCUCGCAAUGUGAUCUUGAAGAUCCUUGUGGUCGCGCUAGUUCAAGGUUUCGCUCAGAACCAGAUUAUGAAUACGAUUUUAUUGUAGUUGGCGGCGGUUCGGCUGGUUCGGUGGUAGCUUCGCGUUUAUCCGAAAUACCGCAAUGGAAGGUUUUACUAAUCGAAGCCGGUGGCGAUGAACCGGUAGGUGCUCAAAUACCCUCUAUGUUCCUAAAUUUCAUAGGUAGCGACAUUGAUUGGCGUUACAAUACCGAACCGGAGAAAAUGGCUUGCCUCUCGGCUGAAGAGCAACGUUGCUACUGGCCACGAGGCAAAGUGCUUGGCGGUACAUCAGUCUUAAAUGGGAUGAUGUAUAUACGCGGUAAUCCCGAAGACUAUGACGAUUGGUCGGCCAUGGGUAAUCCGGGCUGGAGUUAUAAAGAAGUGUUGCCGUUCUUUAUGAAAUCGGAAGACAAUCAGCAAUUGAAUGAAGUCGGCACCGAAUAUCAUGCUAAAGGUGGCCUAAUGCCUGUAUCACGAUUUCCUUACAAUCCUCCCCUAUCCUAUGCUAUUUUAAAGGGCGGUGAAGAGAUGGGAUAUUCGGUACAUGAUUUGAACGGUCGCAAUACAACGGGAUUUAUGAUAGCUCAGAUGACCUCACGAAACGGUAUACGUUGGAGUUCGGCCCGUUCCUUUUUGCGGCCCGCGCGACACCGUAACAAUUUACAUAUUUUAUUAAACACAACAGUAACUAAGGUCCUAAUACAGCCGAAUACCAAGACAGUAUUGGGCGUAGAAGUAAUCGACCAAUACGGUAGUAUGCGUAAAAUUUUGGUUAAAAAAGAGGUAAUAGUAAGCGGUGGUGCAGUAAACUCGCCACAAAUUCUUCUCUUAAGUGGUGUAGGUCCUAAGGAAGAUUUAAAAAAGGUGGGCGUGAGGUCUGUGCAUGAUUUACCGGGAGUGGGUAAAAAUCUCCAUAAUCACGUGGCAUAUUUUACCAACUUUUUCAUCGAUGAUGCCGAUACCGCUCCUUUGAAUUGGGCGACUGCUAUGGAAUAUUUACUAUUCCGUGACGGUCUAAUGUCCGGUACAGGAGUUUCUGAUGUCACCGCUAAGAUGACUACUCGCUAUGCCGACCGACCGGGUGUACCCGAUAUUCAAUAUUAUUUUGGUGGUUAUUUAGCAAGCUGUGCACGCACAGGCCAAGUUGGAGAGCUUUUAUCAAAUAAUUCGCGUAGUGUGCAAAUAUUCCCGGCAGUCUUAAAUCCCAAAUCCCGAGGUUAUAUAACAUUGGCUUCAUCGGAUCCUUUGGAUCCACCCAAAAUUGUGGCCAAUUAUUUAACCGAUGAAAGGGAUGUUAAGGUUUUAAUAGAAGGCAUUAAAUUUGCCAUUAAAUUAUCUCAGACGUCACCUUUAAGGCAGUACGGUAUGCGUUUGGAUAGAACGGUGGCCGAGGGUUGUGAAUCUUUUACAUUUGGAACCGAGGCGUAUUGGGAGUGUGCUGUACGUCAAAACACGGGACCAGAAAAUCAUCAGGCAGGCUCAUGUAAAAUGGGACCGGGCCAUGAUCCCAUGGCUGUAGUAGAUCAUGAGCUAAGAGUUCACGGUAUACGCGGCCUCAGAGUAAUGGAUACCAGCAUAAUGCCUAAGGUUACGGCUGGUAACACUCAUGCCCCUGCCGUGAUGAUAGCCGAAAGAGGUUCCUAUUUGGUGAAAAGAGCCUGGGGUGGUAAAGUUUGACGUUUGGAUGCAACGUGGACAUUGCAUAGAGUUAUUUAAGACAAAAAUCCAUUUUGCAAAGAAUAAAUUAUUAAAAAAAAUUAGUUUAAAAUUAUUUUAAAAAAAUUAAGUAAAUUUUAAAACAAAUUUUAUUUACAGAUUAAUAUUACAUGUAAUAAGCCCGUGGAGACUUUUUUCAUCCUCCCAUCCUAUUAACUAAAUACUCAUUGCUCUAAGUUCCCGUUGCAUUACCUAAUAACCUAACAAUAAAUAAAAUACUCUUUGCUUUAAGCAAAAACGUCUCAAUCAUCACCGAAACGCAAGCUGAAAUAUUAAUUUUCUUCUUUUUUUUUCAUUUUUUCUUUCUAAUUAAUGUUUAAUUAAAAAACUCUUUUCU